CAAUUUUUAAGCAAAUAAUUUCAAAUUUGUUUAUGUUUUUGUAUUUUUGAAAAAUAACAAUGAAGUUCAGAGGUUUAAUGACCGAUUCAACUGCAAUGCGAGAAUUUAUGAAUAUAACCUUAAGUUUAUCGAAGUUUUCCAAAGAAUGUGUAAUGCGAAUAACAAAUCGAAGGGUUUAUUUCAUAAUAUCUGCCGAGAAAGACGCGGGGCCUAGAAGACCACUAGCAUGGUGCGAAUUACCUGUUAGUUUUUAUUUUAAAGAAUACAAACUAGUAGGAGUGAAUGAAGAAUACAACGAAAUUUAUUUAGAGUUUUCUACAGUUCUCUUAGCUCGUUCUUUAGCCAUUUUAAAACAAAAUGUAAAAUCUUGUAUAAUAAAGCUUACCAAUAAACAAUCACCUUGUCUUACUCUCGAAAUGGAACUAGAUGCUGAAGAAAUAUCUAGUCAAAUAGUACAUGAUGUACCUGUGGAAGUUAUUUCAAGGAAAUAUUGGUCAAACUACGAAGAGCCUAGAUUUGACGAUUUCCACGUUACUAUCCAAAUGCCUAGCCUAAAAUCUCUAAGACCUAUCGUAGAAAGAUUAAAAAACCUCAGUAACUACUUAACAGUUACAGCUAAUAAAAAUGGCCGGUUAACACUACAAAUAAAAACGACCGAUGUUAAUCUAUCCGUACAUUUUACUGAUCUCAGUAUUCAAAGUUUCGCCGGUCAAUUGGUAACGAGUGAUGACGAUAUAGAAGAUAGUUCGAACAGUCAAAUUUCUUCGACUAUCGAUAUAAAAAAAUUUCUGUUGUUCCUGGCUGGUUUACAAAUUAAUAACACUCGAGUUUUGUGCAGCAUUGUUCACAAUAAAAUGGUUAAAUUGUUCAUAGAACAACAAGGAUCGUUGUCAAUUCAAGUGUUUCUGACUGAAACAGAUUACAAGAAAUGAAUUUUAUCCUACUAGAUUUAAGCUCAAACAGAAGCAGAAGUGAAUCUCUCAUCACACACAUUUAUGAUAUUAAAUAUUUAUUUAUGCUACAAUAUUUA